CCACUCAGCACUUAGCUGGUCAGCUAGCUAGCGCCGCUUCAAGUCGAGUUGGGAGGAUUUAACACAAGCUUUUAAAACUAUGUAUCCUCAGGAAUAUGUUUUGCAAUUGUUUCAACUUUAAUCUUCCCGCGUCUACAUGUAAAAGCAAAGUCCAGUUUAAGUCGUAAACUUUCGAAACCUGAGAGAAACACGGCCUCCCAAAACUAGAAAUGUCAAAUCCCAUGCUAAGCUAAGCGGCUAACGUCAGCUACCGUUAGUAUCACGCAAAGUGCGAAACUUUUAACCGUCUUUGUUUGGGGUUUAACUUCACCUCAGAGGUCAUCCAGGUUCUAAGUAAAGGACUUACUCUUCUGGAUCUCACUGUGCAUGAAGCACUCCCGAGGUUGUGGUGUCUGAUUGCUGCAUCGCCUUGCUCAUCCUGCCGCUCAUCAUGUCCUCCACCUCCUCCUCCUACUCCUCCUCGGGAGAGACUAGUCCGGAGGAUCUACCCCGAGGUGGGGGCACUAUCCGAGUCUACCUCCCAAACAAGCAGAGGACAGUGGUGAAUGUUCGCCAGGGACAAACUGUGCACGAGAGCUUAGAUAAAGCCCUCAAAGUGAGAGGCCUAAGCCAGGAGUGCUGUGCUGUAUUUCGCCUUCUUGAAGGCCGUAAGAGACUGACAGAUUGGGACACCGACAUCACUCCUCUGGUUGGAGAGGAGCUUUUAGUUGAGGUCUUAGAUGAUAUUCCACUUACCAUGCACAACUUUGUACGGAAAACCUUCUUCAAGCUGGCUUACUGUGAUUUCUGCCACAAGUUUCUUUUUAACGGCUUCAGAUGUCAGACAUGUGGAUAUAAAUUUCACCAGCACUGCAGUAGCAAGGUCCCUACUGUGUGUGUGGACAUGGAUACAGUGAGCAAACGGUGUGAUUCCACUACCUGUACAUAUGAGUACCCACAGAUUCUAUUGCCAGAUAACUCCCCUUCGCAGAGCAACCUAGCCUUAACCCCCGAGCCUUCUGGGAUGGACCUCCUGUCCCCGACCUCGGCUUUCCACUUCCCCUUGCCGGCUGGAGACGGCCAGUCUCUACAAAGGCAUCGUUCCACCUCCACACCUAAUGUUCAUAUGGUUAGCACAGUGGGCCCUGCUGGCGUCAGCAUCAUAGAGGAAGCACUAAAAAUGAACAAUACAAUAGGUCCUGAGCCCUCGCCGAAGCCCUCCACCAGCCCACCGUCUCAUCUGGGCUCUCCUGGUAGGAGACCUCCCAAGUCUCCCUCAGAGCACAAGGAGCGCAAGUCCUCCUCAUCGGACGAUAAAAAGAAAGUGCAUCGAGGGGGCUACAGAGACUCGAGUUACUACUGGGAGGUUCACUCGCGAGAAGUCAACAUUCAGAAGAGAAUAGGAGCCGGAUCUUUUGGAACAGUCUUUAAGGGCAAGUGGCACGGAGACGUGGCGAUUAAGAUCCUUAAAGUCACUGAGCCGACACCCGAGCAGUUACAGGCGUUCAAAAAUGAAAUGCAGGUCUUAAGGAAGACCCGCCACGUCAACAUCCUGCUGUUCAUGGGCUACAUGACUAAGCCCAACUUCGCCAUCAUCACGCAGUGGUGUGAAGGCAGCAGCCUGUAUCGCCAUCUGCAUGUUACAGAAACCAAGUUUGACACUAUGCGUCGCAUCGAUGUGGCCAGACAGACGGCACAGGGCAUGGAUUAUCUUCAUGCAAAGAACAUCAUCCACCGAGAUCUGAAGUCAAACAAUAUUUUUCUCCACGAGGGCUGGACCGUCAAGAUCGGUGACUUUGGCUUGGCCACAGUGAAGUCUCGAUGGAGCGGCUCUCAACAGGUUGAACAACCCAGUGGAUCCAUUCUGUGGAUGGCACCUGAGGUGAUCCGAAUGCAGGACACAAACCCCUAUACAUUCCAGUCUGAUGUAUACGGCUACGGAGUGGUGCUGUUUGAGCUGAUGUCAGGGACCCUGCCUUACUGCAAUAUCAACAACAGAGACCAGAUAAUCUUUAUGGUUGGACGCGGUUACUUGUCUCCAGACCUCAGCAAGCUGUCUAGUACCUCACCCAAGUCAAUGAAAAGGCUCAUCGUCGACUGCUUAAAGUUCAAACGGGACGAGAGGCCGCUGUUUCCACAGAUCCUGGUAGCCAUCGAGCAGGUGCAAGAUCUGCUGCCAAAAAUUGAGCGGAGUCGCUCAGAGCCGUCGCUCCAUCGGGCCGUCCAUGCUGAGGAUCUGAACCCCCUCCUGUUCCACACCACCAGGCUAAUGCCCCUCUAGGCUCGCCACAGCACUGGGCAGAGAAGGCCAUCAACCUGUCCGCAACUUCAGCAUUCCAGUGCCUCAGAGAGGCCACAGGCUGACUGUCCUGACAGACCACGAACCCCCAAACUCACCUUCCACCACUGCAAAGCCCCGGAGCUGCAGCACUCAGUAAAACACAGUAACUGCAGAAAUAUUAUAACCACAUGUUGAGUCUUAAAGUGUAUCGUCUUUCCCGUCAAGCAAGUGACAAAGGUCUGCUUAUUAGGUGAUAUAACUGUCUUCUGAUUCUCAAAGUAAGACAGAAUGCUUGUUGCCAGUCCACUAGAGAAAACUCAUCAAACUGCUCGGGUCGCUUUACUAACGUUUUUUGAUAUAUUAGAUUAUUCGGCUUGCGCUGACGCUGCAAAAUCGUGUUGAACCAUGAUCAUUAGUAAAACAGUCCUUCUUAUACAUCUUAUGGGGCACUUUAAUCGUAGCCAAAGAUUUGAAUCAGUUCACGACCACAAUCAUCGUACGUCAAACGCUCACUUGUCAUGUCUGUUGCCAUGUGAAUGGAACCCGAGAUUUAAAGAUCGUGAUUGGAAACCAACCUUAGUGCCAAGUUUGAGGUGGAAAACAUUUCACAUGCAACCGAUCUGACCGUAGCAACAUGAGAAAAUUGAAGCCCUGAAUAGUUUGGUCAACUAUGCAUAACUCUUAAAGCAGAGGUUAACACUUAGACCUGAUGUUACUUGUGCAUUGAAUCAGAACAGAGUACUGUUGUGAGCCGCGAAGGUUCUAUGUGAUGGGUGUGGACUGUUUUUUUUAACUUGUUCCACUGGGACUCAGCUCGGAUUAUAAAUAUGCAGUUUGUUCUGGAUUUCAUGAUGAUUUCAAAUCUUUGAGACAAACCCCUUCAAACAUCAGAUCAUACUUUUCAAAAAUAACAAAAUGUUGCUACACAUACAAAAACCUGUUUGAAGAGAGAGCUGAGGUUUAAGUCCCUAUACUGAACACAAACAUUAAACCAACACUUACUUCCCUGUUUUGAGUUUAAAUUAAUACAACAAGACUUUUUCUGUACACAAGAGAGAAUAAAUCUAAAUUGUUGAAAUCCAUGGUAAGCAAUUUGGCUUUGCAUGUAAUCCCUCCACUCGUUACAUGUAACCUUCUGAUGAUUUCACAUCCCUCUACAAAAUACACACAACACAUGCUCCAGAUGUUGCAGAUUUCCAGGAGCGUGCAGUAGACGGGCUGACUGCAGCGAUGUCUCUAACAAUUCAAACCCAGGAUCCCCAUAUCAGGCAUCUUCACCUGCAAGAUUAGCUGAGGCAGUGUUCUGUCUGAUAAAAGAGAACAUUUCAAAUAGUCUCCCUUUUUAUUAACCCAUCAGAGACCCCAAUGUGUUACAACUGUUGUCAACUAGGCUUACUAAAACGGACACAAACAAGAAAUGAAACGAUCUACAUUUUUUGUCGUUACCAAAAGAUUCUGACAUGAUGUCAGCUCAAACACAGCUGACUCAAACACAUCAACAUGUGCAGCUCAUUGAAGGACAGAUUUAUUUUCAGUCCUCUGUUUCUCGUCACAGUUUUAACGAGGACAUCAUCAGACUGCAGGUGUGAAGAUUUUACCUGCAUUGUUUUCUCUAAUAAUAUGUAGCCUCAUGAGAGAAAUGAACAGAAUUUAGUGAAUAGAAGUCUUAAUGUCAAAGUGACUGCUGCUUCAUACACACAGGAGCACACAGCUUCAGGUCACUCGCACACGAGUCUUAAAAGUGAAUUCAAACGCUGCGGCACAGUCACAUGCAAACAUUCACACUCAAACUACACACAUGCAGUAUCAGACCAGGACGACUGGUUCUCCUUUUUAAACGACAACACUGACAGAAGAGUUCAGAAAUCAAUAUUUAGUGGAAUAACUGAUGUCACUAGUCUCACUUUGCUGUUGGGUUAUGCAACUCUAGGCGCAAAAAGUCCAGCAGCUAGUGCGUAAAAUGACAGUGUUAGUCUUCACUCUGCUUCCGAUAUCCCAUCAUGAGUUUUCAGAUUCAGUCGUACUUUUAGUGUAUCGUACCUACAGGCUUGAGUAUAAGUGUCACACAUUGAAGAUCCUCCUGAAACGUCUAAAUCAGUCGUUACCGCGCCAUGAGACGGACAUUAACACGCACUUCUGUUACGGCCUCCUAAACAAGAAAACAAUUAAACCAAGGCUCAGAAGCUGGAGACGGAAACGUACAAGGACGCCACACAGAAUUAAGUUCAACCCUGAGCUGUUUUAAACAUUAAAAAAAAAAAAUCAAUAAGAAAGAAAAGGCAGACCCCCACCAAAAAGAACAAACACAAUCGGCCGUCGCUGAUCAAACUAACUCCCAGCGUGAGCAGCAGCCACAUGCUGCGUUCUCAGAGCGCAGCAUGGAGAAGCCCGGCGGACAGCUGGGAUGCUGAGACAAAGGAGUUCACACGGUGCAAGAUAAUAAGAUGAUUGUGGUGCACCUCCCCCUAAGACUAAGAAAAGAGAAGACCAGAAAUAGGACUAGUGGUGCUCUCCAGCCCAAACUAACGUGACAAAGCCGAGCAGUCUAAACAUGCCUACUACUCACCUUAAUGUUGUAAAUCAUCUUCUGUAACAGUAAAGAUCAUCCACACUUCUGGGACAUAAGAGGAAAUCCAGGGAUUAGAUUAGCAGCAAACUGGGCUUGCAGACCGUGAAGCCGCACCGCAGAAACGCUGAUAUCUAACAUUUAACUGCUUCAUUCUGCGUUCUCACUGGAAACCAGUACCAGUCCUGUUCAGAGAUUAAACUGUAGACACACACACACACACACACACACACACACACACACACAGACAAAGCCUUUUCUUCUGGCCGGACUGCUGAGUGUCAAGAGUUACUGAGAGGGAAAAAGAAUAUUCAAAUAGCUCGACUCGUUCAGGGUUUCUCAGCAGAGACGUUCACCUUUUUUCAACAUUUCAAAACCCACUCUCGUGUGUGUGUGAGACGACUUCUUUUCCUGGAUUGAAAAUGAAACUUUGAGGGAACUGUUUUGUGUAAUGCACUUGUCAAAUACAGAACACACUGCAGUCGGGGGGGAUCUAUAUUUAUUCAUGUGGUUUUUUUCAGUGUCUCACUUUAAGUUAGUGGACUAUCAGCAGCUGUGAAGGGGCUGCUUCAGGAUGUGGUUGGUGGUCUGAUUACCGACCUUGCUUCUCUGUAUAUCGUCUGUGAUGCGACGGAGCGUAAAGGCAUAACAGAUCUUAACGUCUGCAUCGUGAUUAACUGCAGAUCUUGAUGCUAUAAAUCUUGAUAAUUUAUGUUGUGAAACUAGGGGCUGGGUACCCUAACUUGUUCUUACUCAUUCCAGUGACGUGGUUUGACUGUGGUCAGGCGGGUGUCGGUGACAAACGGGGGGUCGGGGGGUUGGGUGGGGGAUGUAUUCCUGUCACUUUUUUUUAUUUAUUGACGUUCAUUGCGGAUAUAUUCUGGUCUGCGACUGCGGAUUCUUUUUGGAGGUGGAUUUAAUGUUUACUGAGAGGACGUCGUCACGGCUCUCUCUCUCUAACAGGAAUGUUUGUUCUAGGCGCGGUACUGUCCACUCCUCUGAAUGACUCUCCGUCUGAUACCGUCUCCUGUCGGGGGCAUUUGUUAGGACUCUUCCUGUGAAACAUCCCGAGCUCCAACUUGUUAUCAGGCAACAUUUUUUGUUCACUGGGUUUCACUACGAUAGCAUUUAUUAAUAGCAACACGUCAGAAUACUGUAAAGUAAUCGACUUCUUCUUCGAUGGUGGGCUUUUUAAAAAAGUAAGCGUGUCCUGUGAUUGUUUCCGAAAUGUUUUCUAAAUGAGCUGCUUUUUAUAACUUUCUCAGCAAUAGCAAAGGACAGAAUGUCUAUUUUUUGAAUUUCCAUAAUGCAAAAAGAAAUAAAUAAAUCAGGAGUGCUUUAUUCUGAAGUUGCACCAGCUUUUUGUAAACUCAGUGUAAUAAGUGCGUCGCGCACUCGCUGCAGUGGAGGACUCUUUUUAUUUCCCCCGCUCAGAGAGGAACGUUGAAUCAUUUCGGUUGUGUGUUAGCGUUGUGUCCCCCCAAAGAGGACUGUGUUUCUCUAGAAUCUUAACAGAGGAGGAGACAAAGUGCCACAGUUACUGAAAGCCCCGCAGCGCUGUCUGCAGCACAAGGGGAAAGCAGACUGCUGGGUCCAGAGAAGAAGAAGAAGAGAUCUGUAUCAGAAUAGUUUUUUUUUUUUUGUCUUUCAUAUCUCUAGGUGAAUUGCAAUACUUGUGUGUAUAGUUUCUGAGGUGUCAGGGGGUGUUCAGUUUGCAAUAAAUGGUAUAUUCUGCUGUGUACAGUUACAUUUUUUUAAAUUACAAAAAAAAAAAUUGUACUUGUUUCUAUUUUUUGUGUGAUGGUUUCGAAAAGAACAAAAUUAUUUUAAAGUGUAAAGGAAAUCUUAGUAUUUUUUUAGUUUGUUGUUUUUUUUUUUUGUCUUAAAAUAUUGAUGCAGGAUUUAUUCUUUAAAUAAAUGAAUUCAUAUGUGUAA